ACUUCUUCUCUUCAUUGUCUACUGCUUAGUCAUACAUACAGAUACAUACAUAUGCAUAUAUAUAUAUAUCUAUAGGAGGAGGCGUAGCUAGCUAUAAGAGAGAGAGAGAGAGACACAGGCUUUUUCCUUCAUUCAUACUUUCUUUCUUUCUUUCAUUCAUUCCUUCCUUCCUGCGGGCGGUUCUGCUGAAGCGAGAAAUUAAAUUAAAUAAAAUUAAAAUAGUGUGGUAAUUCAAUUGCUGUAAUGUCGUCGUCAAUGAACCAGUACUCGUCGGAACCCCAUUGCGCCGCCUACCACCGCUCUCACUACUACUCCGCCGCCAUGCCCAUCGAUUCAUCCUCAUCAUCCUCUUCGUCUCCAAAGCCGCCGCUCAAUUGGAUCACGCCUCGUCAGCUCUAUGCGUCCCCCGCCGGACCUAUGUUCACCUUCAAUCUCAACGCUACCAAUGAAGCGGCGGACGAUAAUAACAACAAUAAUAAUAAUAAUGAUGAUUACUAUUCCAUGGAGGAGGACAGAGAGAAUGCGGUUGAAUCUCAUGAGGUCGUGGAGAUCCCCAAGCAGGCGCUGUUUGAGAAGCCUCUGACGCCGAGUGACGUAGGGAAGCUCAACCGUCUCGUCAUCCCCAAGCAGCACGCCGAGAAGUGUUUCCCCCUCGGCGGCGGCGGCGAGAACGGACUCCUGUUAGGCUUCGAGGAUGAGCUCGGGAAAUCAUGGCGGUUCCGCUACUCGUACUGGAACAGUAGCCAGAGCUACGUCCUGACCAAAGGCUGGAGCCGUUUCGUCAAGGAGAAACGCCUCGACGCCGGUGAUAUCGUCGUUUUCUCGCGCCACCGCACCGACGCCGGCCGCCUCUUCAUCGGAUGGCGACGCAGGAACUCGAUCGGCGGUCGCGAUCACGCCACCGUACUUCAUCCGAACGUAUCCGGCAACAGCUGGAGUCGGAUACCUACCUCCUCCGCCGAUCCUUAUCAUCACCAAAUAGCGCAAUCAACUCCGCCGCACCACCAGCCGGAGCACUUUCCUCGCGCAGGACCAGGGGCAGCACAGAGCCAAACAACAACAAUAGCAGCAGCAGCAUCAGUGAGCGGGAAUUCCAAGAAGCUAAGGUUAUUCGGGGUGAACUUGGAGUGUCAGGCAGCAGCAGAGGAUUCACCAGUGAGUUCGCCCAUGUCAAGCCAGAGCCAAUACAACCACUACUCGUAUCACCAUCAUCAUCAAUACUACAGCAGUGGUCACAUGGAUGCUACUUUCUCAGGAGGAGCUGCAUAUCGGCAAGGAUAAGAUCUGGAGGAUGUGACAUUCAUACAUUUGACCUUCCUCAGCUGGCUGUCUAUUCUAUGGUUUAUAAUUUCCAAAGAAAAGAAAAUCCCAGAUUUCCAGGGGGGUGGAUGGUGGGGGCCCUCUCCCUCCCCCCCCCCCCCCCCCCCCCCCCUUUCUCUCACUAGAAAAAUGGGCACAACAAAAUAGAGGUAGAGAAUCGAUUAGAAAGACAGGGAGGAACAAAAAACGUAAGGCAGAGAAAAUCUGAAGAGGGUUAAGUAUAUGGGUCCCUUGUAGUAUAUAGUUGAGUAUUAUAUAUCUUUUUAUCUGUAUGCAUAUGUAUUUAUAUAUAUAUAUAUAUAUAUUGGGGGCAAUUGAAAAAGCAGAAGAGGAGGGGGAGGUGGAGUGGAAAGAAUAUGGAUAGUUGCAAUGAAGAAUGUUUGAACAUUGUACAAAAAUAAUAUACUAGUAAGUUAUUACUAUUAAUGAAGAGUUUUGGUUGCUACUGCUA